AUGGUCAAACCUGGCACUCUGUAUCUGGAUAUCUUGGCCGACUUAAGGCAACAGCUUCCGCAUCACCCGUUGGCCGUUUAUCACGUUUCCGGUGAAUAUGCUAUGCUCAUGCAUGCUGCGGAUGCGGGAGCGGUGGAUUUGAAACAAGCCGCACUCGAGAUCAUGACAGCUUUCCGAAGAGCAGGUGCCUCAAUAAUCAUCACAUAUUUGACUCCGUAUCUGCUGGAUUUGGACCUCGAUGAUGCAUGUGGUUGAUAACUUUUUUGAUGUGUACAUUUUUUCUGAAAGCGAACGGAAGCAUAUGAACGGUAUCCGCAUAUCUGCUUGACCUUAGUUUACCUUUCGGAUUUCAUAUUUCAAUCAACUUCGAAUCGUGAUAUUUGCUCUCAUGGCUUAUUGAGAUCAGUGAAAAAUAACAACCCUUGCACUUGUUUUCUUGACUCAUAAAGAUUUAC